UGACGAAUAUGGAAACGGAGGCUAUCUUUAACCCCACGAAAAAUCCCCAUAGCAUCCCUAUACCCACCUCCCCAUGCGAACCAUUGCCAUCCCUAAGUUAGAACUUUACUAAUAAUUGUUCCCCAAGACUUCAGUUGUUUUUGUUGGAGUUUUUGUUUUGCGAAGAAAAGGGUAGAGAAGAGACUCGCAGCACAAGAAGAGACACCCAGAGUUCCAUCUUUUGCCUAAGGUGGAAAUGGCUUCUCCCAGCACGGUUACAGAACAGCCAAGCAUGGAAAGUGAUUCAGGGGAUGCUUCGGUUGUUGAGCUUCAAGAAAUUGUUGUCCCUCCCUCGAAAGAUUCACAGACAGGGGAUGCUUCGGUUGCCGAGCUUCAAGAAGAUGUCAUCCAUCCUUUGGAAGAUCCGCAAAUAGGAGGUCUCUGGUAUCUGUUGGAGGAUUUGCGCCGACGGUUCGGAAUUUGUUUACGUCAAUUGCGGAAUUCAUCAAAUCAAAUUUCUAAAGAGCUAACUACCUUGGGCAGUCUGUUGGAUGACACGAUAUGUGUAGUUGAAGAUGCUAAGCGAUGUCGCGACCACAUCAUAGUGAAGUCAUGGCUUGCCAAAAUAGAGGAAGUGCUUUUUGAUACUGAUUGUAUACUUGAUGAGACAAAGAAUGCUAAUAUAUUCUGGCAAACUGCAGAAGUCCAAUCCAGUGCCAACAAGCCAUGGAAACUCAUCCUUAAUUUGUAUAACAAGAUUUCAAGGUUUAUGCCUUAUUAUCGAGAAAAAGGGAUGGUUUCCAAAGUGAAGUAUUUAACUGCUGGAUUUGAAGAAAUUCUUGAUGAAGGAAAGCAGUUAUUAAAAGAAAUUCUUGAUGAAAGAACGCAGUCUGGCAUCCAAUACACAUUAACUACGCCUGGAGUAGACUGGCAUGUGUUGGAGUGGUUGCACAAAGGUGUCCGAAUUUAUUUACGCACAUUGAAGCGUUCAUCAAAUCAAAUUCCUAAAGAGCUAACUACGUUGAGAAGUGUGUUGGAGGACACGAUGCUUGUAGCGGAAGAUGCUGAGCGAUAUCGCGACGACAUCAUGGUGAAGAUAUGGAUUGCCGAAAUGAAGGAAGUGCUUUAUGAUACUGAUUAUAUAUUUUGGGAGAUAAAGAAUGACAAUAUAUUCGGGCAAACUGCAGAAGUCCAAUCCAGUGCCAACAAGCCAUGGAAACUCAUCCCUAAUUUGUUUAACAAGAUUUCAAGGUUUAUGCAUUUUUAUCGAGGAAAAAGGAUGGUUUCCGAGGUGAAGGAUAUAACGCUUAGAUUAAAAGAAAUUCUUGAUGAAGGAAAGCAGUUAUUAAAAGGAAUUCGUGAUGAAAGAACGCAGUCUGGCCUCCAAUACACAUUAACUACGCCUGAUCCAAAGAAUCUUAGAAGGAAGCAUUCUGCAAUUGCCACGCGGAACGCUAUUUACAAAGGCGAGCUCUGGAGAGUAAGAGACCUCUUUAAUAGUAAUCGAGAUGCAAUAUCUUCAACAUUUGAAACUGAGCUAAAAGCUCUUCACGCUGCAAUUACUUCUGAUGAGAGUGGCAACACAGCUCUUUCCUUCGCUGCUCGUAGUGGAAUGAUGGAAAUUGCAAAAUGCUUGAUUGAAAAGAACAAGGAGUUGCUUUCUAUCCCAGAUGGCGACGAUAAGCUCCCGGUUCAAUUGGCUUGCAGGGCAGGGCAUGAGGACAUGACUCGCUACCUCUACCGUAAUACUCCGCAAAAAUUUCUGUAUGGAGAUUAUGGUUUUUACCUCCUCGAAGAGUGUAUAAUAAGGAAAAUGUUUGGUAUAAGAGUGAAGGUAGAUAAAGGAAAUGUUCUAUCAGAUGGAGUUGGCAUUGUUGCAGCUCAACAAAGAGCUUUGGAUGAGGAUGAAUUUGUGCAAAGUGGAGCAGUGGAAGCAACCUUUAAAGCUAUCAAGGAUGGCAUCCCUGAGAUUGCAAUUGAAAUUGCAAAAAUUAAUACAAAUAUAUUGUGGAACCGUACUGAUAGUGAAGAUAAAAGGAGCAUGUUUGCAUGUGCUGUGGCACAUCGUCAAGAGGAAGUGGCACAAUUUCUUUAUAAAUUUAAUGCAAGAAGUAGUACAAAUAUAGGUUUUACCGAGGAGCGAGAUGAAAACGAUUUAUUAUAUUUAGCAGCAGAGUUAGCUCCUCGUUCUCACCUUAAUUACAUCUCAGGUGCAGCUCCUCGUUCUCACCUUGAUUACAUCUCAAGUGCAGUUUCGCAGUUGCAAAGUGAGCUACGCUGGUUUAGGGCAGUGGAAGGCAUUGUUCCACAGUCCUACGACAAUCAUCAAAACAAUGAUGGUGAUACACCUUCCCAAGUGUUUGUUAAGGUACACAAGCAGUUGCUAAAAGAAGCGGAAGAAUGGUCGAAGAAAACAGCAAAAUCUUCUACCGUCGUAGGUGCUCUAAUCAUUACAAUUAUGUUUGCUGUGGCUUUCACUGUUCCUGGUGGGAAUGACCAAAAAACAGGCUUCCCUAUAUUUUUGAACAAAACAGCAGACUCUUCUUCAGUACAUUCUCCAGCCGUUCCGUUCACGGUAUUUGUAGCAUCAGAUGCAAUUUCUCUUUUUGCUGCAUCUAGUUCGGUGCUAAUGUUUUUGGGGAUUCUUACUCCACGUCAUGCUUAUAAGGAUUUUCUUAAAUCCUUACCCGUGAAGUUGAUUAUUGGCAUUUCUUCACUCUUCAUCUCUAUUGCAGCAAUGAUGUUUCCUUCUCUCGUUCAGCUUUAUACUUCCACUUUCAGACCAGGCAUCUUUGAUAGGAAAGAGAACAACAACUUAGGAAAAGGAAGAGAUAGAAUCACUCCAACAGCAGUUCUGACUCUCUAAACUUGAUCCCAAUCGAAAGAGGCCGUGGCUCCAAUAACUCUAAAGAUAGAAGCUCUGUCAUUUUAAGUCUAGUAAUUACACGAGUGUGUUCUAUAUGUAUUCUAACUGCAAGAAACAUUUGGUGGGUGUGUGUUCUUUGAAGAUUUCAUGUACCUUUAUAAGUGCCAAACUCUUUCGGCAGUCAAAGAUUUAUGUGAAUGUUUCAUAUAGAGUGCUCAAAAUAUUCUAUCAUAAUAUAUCUGAAACACAGCG